CCUUGGUCCAAUUGCGCCACGCCAAAAAUGAAACAGUGCCAGCUCUGACCUCUUCGGGCGUGAGCGCAAUUCGCACCACUGAGCACGAGAGACAGGAGGAGAAGCCUUGUGCUUACGGCCAUGAAUCAUCACUCUCCUGGAGUCGGGUCGCUGGAAGAAUGGAAGCCGCUCAGACCGUGCGAUUCGGAUGGAGUCCUUAAAAUGGUUGUUUUCCCUGUCCAGCAUGAAUUCUGCGAGCGGCACAACCCAUCCGGUGGCUGAGCCCUGGAGUUCAGGGUCCGGCGCCAAGAGCUGCCAUGUUUCCUAUAUGGCAAACUUGAAGCCGAUCUCUGGUCUACACAAUAAGUCUAGCCGGUGCUGGGCCGAACAGCAAGUCCCAAGCAGAUGUGGCUGGCACAGGCUCGCAAGCAUAGCGCCAUGCAUUCCAGAGGCUGUGACAAGCUGUGCAAUGUGCAAUCUCAGACUUGUCUGGGGGAUUGGGCAGGUUUCAAGCGUGACAACACUGGCGUACGUCAGCUCUGGCCAUCCCUGGCUGUUCAGCUAUCGCUUCUUCAUCGGCAGACCACUCACUCUACCUUUCGAUAUCCCAGCUCAGUCUCGUGCAUGGUCACUGAAAUCCAAUAUGAUCCAUUCCACCUGCAGAUGAGCACCAGCAACUCAUUGCAGCCAUCCUCGGGGCAUGGUGAACCCGUGCUCGCCAUUGAGUGGGUUGAUAUAGCUGCCCUCACUCGAUACAUACCAAGUCGUCUGUGACAAGCCUGCCGUCAUGACAGCUCAGUCAUAAACACCCACUUUCCAGUCCCAAUCAAGCU